AAAAAAGACUGAACGAUAGGGUCACCAGAAGCUGAACAUUGAUCCCGUGCCUCACUCACAUUUCACUCAAUCCACUUUCGCUCGCUCGCUCGCUCGCGCUCACUCUCCGCGUGGCCUUCACUUCCAUCAGCAUGUCACCGAGCGAAGAUCAAGAUAUCCGUGAAAUGGAAAAGGAAAACGGCAACGUUGAGGACAAGGAAAUUGCUGUAUUAGAGAAGAGAGGAAGGAAAAGGAAGAGAAAGAGAAAGAGGAACAAGAAGAGAAAGCGAGAGAAAGACGAAGGUUUUGUGAAUGUGAAGGAUCCAUUAGAGGUGUUUGGUAGAGACGUAAUGUUGAUGAUACUAAACAACCUUGACGCACGCAGCGUGGCACUAUCUCUCCUCGUCUCUCGUGCCUGGAACGAGGUUGCUUCCAGCGACGCCAUUUGGACCUCCAAGUGUGAGGAACUAUGGCAAGGGAAAGCACACAUACCUCGCUUGGCACAAGUUAAGGGAUUAUCAAAAUUGGCAGCAUAUUCAUUAUCUGUAAUGGAUGGUAGACGUGCUCGUAUCAUGAAGGAAGAUCUAUGUGAUCAUGUUUGGGAGUUUCAUUUUAACAAGUUGGCACCAGAAUAUUGGCGUAAUCUUGAUCCCUACUGGAAGGGCACUGGUCCUCCUAUGCGUCGCUACUUUCAUCCAGAUGGGAGCCAAACAGCAGAUCCUGGUGACAAGGUGUGGGGUGGCCAUGAAUGUUGUUAUUCAAUCAUUACUAGUUUCGUUGGUGAAGGAAAGAUUAGGGAGCACUAUGUUAGGAUAAACCGGUGGCUCCGGAUGUUUAUUUCCAGGAAGCAAGACUGGAGCUGGGAAAUGUCCAACAGCCUCUACUGCUAUACCAGCAUUCCAGAUGCUGACAAGGAAGGCGGCACUGGACCCCUGUUUGCUGGUUUGUAGACAUCUCUCUGCUGUUAGUUUUGAUGUUUGCUGGUUUGUAGAUGUCUUUCUGCUGUUCUUUUUGAUGCAAAAACUGUGUAUAAUUUGGUAUAAAUUUGUAAAUGGUGGUAAAGGAGUAAGCUAGUAGUGAGUUGUAGCAAGAACGAUGUAGUAUUUAUUUACUGUUGUUUGUAAAAAUAAUAAAUUGUAUUGGUAAGUCUGUCUCUGUAUAUGCAUAGCUGCUCAACUUGUGUUGAUAUGGAAAGAAUUUUACACA